GGAGGACUUCCUGCUGAUUUUUGGCAGGAAUGUUCAUUAGCUACAUUAGGUACACGAUACUGUUCACACCUCUCGCGAUUUAGCAUCUCUUGAGAAAUUUUCAAUACUUUAUUUGUUUGUUCUUUUAAAUAAACAAAUAAUGGCUAAAUGGAACAAGAUUAUGGUAUUGUUGGUUUUCCAAUUACUGUAUUAUGCCAGCAUAUGCAAGUUUCAGACUUACAACGGACUGAUGAUCGACUACUUCGAAAACUGCCCGGAUCGUACUCUGCCCAACAGGGUCGAGAACCAGACCAUCAUCCAGCUGUCCAGGGAUAAGAUAGUCGUGAAUGCAGAUAUCGAAGUAACCAAGAUUACUCGAAAGCUUCCGGCACUCAUCAAGAUAUACAAGUGUCCUUCCAGGUCAGGCACAGACUGUGAGACCUUCCUCAGGGUCACUCAAAAGGACUUCUGUCGUAUCUUCACGGAGAAAGGACAAUUCUGGUCUGCCUUCUAUGAGAAAGCUGUCACUCCAAGAGUUUAUUGUCCUAUCAAGAAGGGGCGCUAUAUGAUAAGGAACGGUACUAUCGACCUAAAGAUGAUGCUCCAGUCAAUGCCUCCAGUGACAGACAUGCAGGACUAUUACUGGAAAUUCAGGACACAGCUGUUUACACCUGAUAAGGAGGAGCUGUUUUGUGUCACCAGUGGGGGAAGGCUACUCAAGUUCAGGAAGAAUUGAAAAUAU